AUGUUUAAAACACUCAAGUCAAAGAACGAGCUAGUCUACCUCACUCGCAAAUUAAUCCCACCUUUGUUGUCCAGCUUCCAUAAGGGCCAAUGCGGUCGGAUAGUUGUCAUUGGCGGAUGCGAAGACUACACGGGAGCUCCAUUCUUUGCUGCCCACGCAGCUGCUCUUCUUGGAUGUGAUUUGUCGCAUGUCAUUUGCGAGUACUCGGCCGCUCCAGUAAUCAAGUCAUAUUCCCCUGAUCUUAUGGUUCACCCCUAUAUGCGAGAUAGCUCUAAGAUAGAGGAGCAUUUCCGCCUCCAAUCUAAGACUCCAACACCAGAAUCGAUUGAUAGUUACAUAAGGUCCGAGAUUUUGCCCAAAAUCACCUCAUUGCUUGACCGAAUACAUGUGGUGGUGAUUGGGCCAGGAUUUGGGCGUGAUAAGGUGAUGUUGGAAACCCUGAAGAUAGUGAUUGACGAGAUCAAAAAGAGAAAUCUGCCAGUGAUCUUGGACGCCGAUAGUUUAUAUCUCGUUUCUCAGGAACCAGAUAUCAUUCGUGGAUACCCCAGGGCUAUCAUAACACCAAAUCCAGUGGAAUUUAAGCGCAUCGCUGAUGCGCUAAGCAUUCACGAAUCGGAUCCUAAUCUUGAGGCCAAGGCUGUUUCGAAGGCAUUACAGGUGACAAUUCUGCGUAAAGGUGCCGUAGAUUUGAUUGUGGACGGAGAGCAAUUGAUUAUUGCAGAAGAAGAUGGUGGCCUUAGACGAGUUGGAGGACAAGGAGACUCGCUUACGGGUAUGAUUGCCACAUUCCUGGCGUGGGGCACCUACUCAUAUCGUAAUCAGCUUUGGGCAGAAUCCAAAGAAGAGCCUGUUUUGACUGAUCAAGAGGUGAAAAUGCUCGCUUGCUACGGCGGAAGCAUUCUCACAAAAUAUGCGUCUAAACUAGCUUUUGAUCAACAUUACAGAGCAAUGCAAACGUCUGACCUUCACGCGUUCAUCGGACAAGCAUUUUUGGAAACGUUUGGAAAGAAGGAAGACGACAGAAGCUAUACAUUAUAG